AUGCAGAAUAAGUCUUUCAAAGUGACCCUUGAUUGGACGGUUGGGAACACAAGUUGUGCAGCAGCAAAGAAGAACCAAAGUAGUUAUGUUUGCAAGGAAAAUAGUGUGUGUAAGAACUCUGAAGCCAUAAUCGAUGAAGGUGAUCCGGGGUAUAAUUGUUAUUGUGCUGAUGGUUACCAUGGAAACCCAUACCUCCCAGGUGGUUGUCAGGAUACCAAUGAGUGUGAAGGACCACACAAAGUUUGCAGAUAUCAUUGUGUUAACAUGAAUGGGAGCUACACUUGUCCGUGCCCCGUUGGGAUGCGUGGGGAUGGUAGAUUAUCUGGGAGUGGCUGCUCUUAUUUAGAAGCAGCUAGGUCAGCUGCACAUUUGUUUUAUAUCGCCAUUGGCACAGGCCCUGCUGCUUCAUUUGUGUUAACACUUAUCUUAUAUUGGGGACUAAAACAUAGGAUGACAAUAAAGAGUAGGGAGAUGGCUUUCAAGAAAAAUGGCGGCCUAAUUUUGCAGAAAAUUCUAUUUGAAGCUAAACAACCUUCCAACAAGGCCAAGCUUUUUGCAGCAAGAAUUCUUGAAAAAGCAACCAAUAACUUUCACAAAACCAAUGUCAUAGGUCAAGGAGGCUAUGGUACAGUUUACAAAGGGACAUUAGAAGAUAAUACAAGGGUUGCUAUUAAAAAGUCCAAGUCGAUUGACGAGAACCAGAUCGAGCAAUUUAUCAAUGAGGUGAUCAUGCUAUCAGAAGUUAGCCACCCAAAUAUUGUCCGACUCUUGGGAUGUUGCCUAGAGACACAAACUCCACUUCUAGUUUAUGAGUUUGUAACAAACAAGACAGUCUACCACCACCUACAUGAAAAAGACUACGUAUCUUCCAUGACAUUUGAAAGGCGACUAAACAUAGCUACACAGACUGCAAAAGCCCUUGCUCAUAUACACUCAACCACACAAAUCAUUCAUCGAGAUGUUAAAUCACCAAAUAUACUUUUGGCUGAUGACUACACUGUAAAAGUUUCGGAUUUCGGGAUCUCAAGGUUCAUUCCUAUGGAUCAGACUCACAUACAAACAUUGGUUCAUGGGACUCUUGGAUACAUAGAUCCUGAGUACUUCCGGUCAGGAAUUUUGACAGAGAAGAGUGAUGUGUAUAGUUUUGGCAUGGUUCUUGUUGAGCUGAUUACAGGAAGAAAGGUCUUUUCAAACGAUGGAACUGAAAGUGACUUGGGCUUGGCCAUGUUUUUUGUUUCAUCACUAGAAAGGGGUUGCUUGAUUCAAAUUCUUGACGAUCAAGUGAAGAAAGAUGGGAUUAGUGACCAUAUUGAUUAUAUUGCCAAGAUUGCAAAAGACUGUAUCGAGUUAGAGAGCAAGAAAAGGCCUAGUAUGGAGGAAGUGAAAGCGCAAUUGGAAAAACUGAGACAAUCUUCCAUAAAUAGUUCUCCUGGUCAUCUUCUAGCUCUUGUUUGAUUGAUAACAGCUACACUCAUAAAAUGCUGAUUUUUGGAGUCUUGCUAUGCUGUC